GAGAACGACGCACAAAAAACGAGCAUAUAGCUUGGUUCCGCUGGUGAACACACGCGACACGCGCGCAGUUGUACGUUGUACUUUGUACGUUGGAAAUGAAACGUGAUUCACUCAUCGCCGAAAAGACGCGCAGUAAAUUUAACCGAAAUUGGCAAAAUUAAAAAAAUUUUUGUCGCACAAUAAUGGGAUCAAAUAGUUCAAGCAGUGAGAAACAUAAAGUGGAAGAACGAGAGGUAAAUAAGCGAACUUAUGAUGAGUGGCGGAUAUUGGAAGAGCAGCGAGCGACAUGGAGAGCAGCACAAGAAGAAGUGGCAAAACAUCAUCGUGAACAAAAGUUGCUGGAAGAUGAAAAGUACAGACGAAGUCGAGAAGAGUGGCUACGACAAGAGAAUUUGAGAGAACAGCAGCAGCAGCAACAGUUACUGCACGAACAACAACGCCGAUCACAAGAAUUGUUGAAUCAAAAGCAACAUUGGGAACAAUGGCGAGUCCAGCAAGAACAGUUGGUUAAAAAAAAUGCACCCCCGGCUCCGCCAAAAGAGGCUCCACUGACGUCUGUUCAGAAGCCGUCUGGAUCCGCUCUACCUGUCAAUUCGAGGAUAUCAAAUCAAAGUAAGAGUAAUCCUUUAUUUGCAUCACCAAUAAAGCAGUCUGUAUCACCUCGGCAACCUGCGCAUAUGCCAAUUUCAGUGCCAAAAGUGCCUGUGGCUUUGCAAUCGACUAAAGCUCAGCCAAUGGCAUUUCAUAAUGCAGAGGUGUCGGAGGUAUCUAAAGUAUCUCCACCGGAAUCAGUUCCAAAAGCAUCUGCGUCAAACAAAACUCAAAAAAAGAGAUGCAGAAACACUGCCAAGAAAACAUCAUCCAAACUUCCAUCAAACUGUGACAAGAGCCUAGAGUUGUAUCAUCAGCGAUUUGCUUCCCCUAAGUUUCCAUUUGCUAAAUGGACAGAUGUCGAUUACAUUCAAGAAAUACACGGUAUGAGUCAAUACGUUGCAGAGAAUAUUACUGCUUUGUUCGAGAGCCAAUUUACAAUAUCGUUCAUAGCACGGUACCGGAAACACACUACUUUGGGAAUGGAGGUUGAUCAGUUGAGAGGUAUUCGAAAUACUUCAGAACAAGCUAAGCUUUUGAAGCAAAAAGUUCUUAAUCUUAUAGUAGAAAUUGAUAAGCAGGGAAGCUGUAACGCUGAGUUAUAUGCUCUUCUGUGUAGCACAAAAUCGUUGAAUGAUCUGGCAUUGAUAGAAUCCGUGUUUGAGUCAUUGAAGCCUGAAAUUGUAAAAGCUAAAGAAAUUGGUUUGAAUGUAUCUGCAGAUGCCAUUGUUAAAGGUCAACAUUGUGUUCCUUUAAAUCAUUAUCAAGGAAAGAAUCCAGACGUAUUCAAAUCAGCACAGCAGCUGAAGAGUGUUAUGAUCUGUUUAGUCGCAGACAUGAUUUGUAAAGAACCAAAAAUGUUCAGAAUCAUUCAAAUGCUGUGUCAGUUGCAUCCUUUGAGCAUUGAAACAAAGAAACGUGAAAACACAGAUAAUGUUAAAACAAAUUCUAAAAACAAAACGGAUUACCAAAACUACUACAAUUUCUCUUCGUUUGAAAAAAAUAUCAAGCCUCAUCAGGUAAUGGAAAUCAAUCAUGGUGAAAACCAGAAACUGAUCAAUGUCAAGGUAAUCAUUCCAAACCAGUUUGAAAAAGACUUUAAAGAAGCUUGUGAGAAACAGUAUGCCGAUGCAUGCAAUACUUCGGAUCUGCACAAAAGUAUCCUGACUGCUGCUUUUGAUUUUGCUUGGCGCUCUACCAUCAAACCAAAUAUUUUCAAACUUAAGAGACAAGAGCUGACUCAGAGAGCAGAAAUGAGUCUUAUUGCUGAUAUCGCCAAAAAUGCCAAACAGCUUUUGCUUAUUCCACCAAUUAGAGGUCAAGUGAUCGUCGGUAUUAAACCAGGAAUUCAAGGGGGCUGCAAAUUAGCUGUCAUAUCGGAGGAAGGUGAAGUUCUUGAAACUGAAACUAUACAUCCUCACGAUGUGAGGAAUCCUAGGGCUAAAUCAGAAGCUGAACGCAUUCUUUCUGGAAUUAUUCUUGUGCACAAAUGCUCUACUUUGGCACUUGGUGAUGGUGCAGUUUCUCGUGACACCGAAACUUUUCUCACUGAACUCAUUAACAAAACUGCAUUGCAACAUCUUAACAUCAGAUACACGAUUGUCGAUGAAACCCCUGCUAGCUACUACGCUUCAAGUGAAGAGGCUGUCACAGAAUUUCCAUACCUCGAUGCUAACUUCAGAGCUGCUAUUUCUUUGGCCAGAAGACUGCGGGAUCCGAUAGCUGAAUUGAUCAAAAUUGAUCCACGACAAUGGAACGUGAAGAUUUCUCAGCAUAAUCUUCCUGGAAAACAAUUAAAUCUUCAAUUAAACGCAGCGAUCGAGGAAGCCGUGAGCUUCGUUGGGGUGGAUAUAAAUACAGCAUCGCUGUCAUUAUUGAAGAGAGUUGCUGGUUUGGAUGAAACGAAAGCGAAGAGUUUGAUAAAAUGGAGAGAAUCAUCAGGUCCGUUUAGGACGAGGAACGAUUUGAAGAAAGUCGAACAUAUUUGUAAUAAGACUUUCGAGCAAUGCGCUGGUUUCGUGAAAAUAAUACCAGAGACGGCUGUCCAAGGGACUAGACGAAUGGGGUUGGAUCCUUUGAAUUAUUUGGAUCAAACCUGUAUUCAUCCAGAAAUGUACGACGUCGCUGAAGCCUUUUUGCGAGCUGCCAACUGUGAUCUGAUUCAGCUUGGUACGAAGGCGUUCAUCUUCAGCGUGAAGCUAUUCGCGAAAAAGGGAUACACAGCGUUAGCCAAUGAGUUUCAUACUACAGUUGAAACCAUUAAGCUCAUAGUCGACGGUUUGUCGAGCGAAAAGGGUUUUGAUGUCAGAGGCAAAACUGACAGAUCGCUUUUUCGUAACAGAUUGAAGCGUAUGGAAGACCUCGUUGUUGGUACGCUUUUGACCGGAGUCGUACGUAGCAACGCUCAUUUUGGUUCGUUCGUCGACGUAGGUCUUGAAAUUGAUGGUUUGAUACACAACACCAAGAUGGCAGGUGUCACUUUGGACAUCGGUCAACAAGUCGAGACGAAGGUACUCAGUGUUAACAUAGAACGUCGACGCCUUGGUCUUGGAUUUGUCAGAUGUGCGUGAAGUUUUUUUUCUCAUUGAAUUACGUGUCCGAAGUACGUAAGUUCGAUAACGAGAUAUCUAUAAGACAAAAAAAUGCCAACGCCUUUAGCCUGUAAUUAAAAAGUUUAAUCACAAGUUUCUAAUCGUAACGGGCGCAAUUGAAGAUAUUACACUGUCAUGAAAGGGGAAUCCCGUAAAAGAAAAGCAAGUUUUUAUCAUUCUGUUAUGUUUAUGUGAUAAUGGCGCUUGCAUCUGUAACUUACAAGGAAAUUUCCGCAGUUUUGUUACGUUUUUUUUCGGUAUUGCGCUAUCCCAAUUAACCAUGUUCGUUUCAAUAUGUGUCAAUGUACUUAUUUGGUCACUUAUUUUUCCAAGAAAAUGGACAAAAGUCCGGAAAUCAUUUGAUUUAUUAAGUGUAUUGCCCAAUUGAAAUAAGCGUGGUAUUCAAUGCGUUCUGUGUAGAGUUUGUCCUUCGCUUUGAGAAGGAAAUUAUUUGACAGUUUAAGCGCAUACGAAUUAAAUGAAUAGGCUUCGAUUCAAGCUUUACGACAAUAAUAGUAAGAGACGAUACUUUAUCUAGUAAUGUCAUGAUUGCAUAAUUCGAUUUGAUUUCGAUUUAAGUACAAGGAAAAGGCUGUGUCAAUAGAGACACUCGAAAAAUUGGCUGUUCGGAAUUGUCACCGUAAGGAGUGCAGAUUUUCAUGAAAGUAAUCAAAAUAUUCCGUAAAAUCGGUAAAUUUAUUCUUUGUUCGAAAAUGUAUUCUUCGUACAGCAAAAAUUCUAAAGAUUCAGGCUCAUUCCCUGUUUCUCUUGUUCCAACGACGAUGACAAAAGAUUCUUGGUCCGGAAUUGAUGAAUUUUUUCAAUUAUUCGUCAGGACCUAUCAGAACCAAGAAAAUUCUGAAUUUCCUGUUCGAGUGUCUCAACCGUAACAAUUUGUACGCGUAACGAGUGAGUUUAUUCGCUGCUUCGCGUUUUUUAAAUAUUUCUUGAUAGUCGUUACCGAAUUACUAUUGCUCGACGUGCAACGGUUUAAUGACGUAUAAAAGGAAAUACGAAGGGCGAUACGAACAAGUUGUAAUUUAGCUGUCGUGCAAUGCGCCGAUAAAAUCAUCGAUUAAGCCUAUGAAAUGUAUUCUACCGAGACGUGCCACUUGAAAUUGAGGGCCGGCUGCAAGCCCAGGCUCUUUGUUAUUUACGUAUUAAAAAGUCUCCGAGGGAGCAAGAAAAAAAUGGUUACGAGUGCUGAAAUGAAAGAAAUAUUUCAGUAGAUUCCUCGUUAACAUUUUGUUAAUUAUUGACGUUUUAAUCGGUGCUCAGUGACGUAUAAUUUGAAGGAAAAAUAAAAAAAAUUUGGUCGAACACAUCGACGUGCAUCGCAGCGACGAACUUUCACAUUUUCGUGAGUUUGUUGACGUCGAGAACGCGUGGUGCGUUCUCAUAUUCAUGUAACCGUGCAAAAUGUGUCCCUUGACGUGAAAUGAGUCACCUUCGAUCGAUACGAUUCACCCUGCCAAAUAAUUCAUGAUUGCACCACCGACGCAACACGCAGUAGGGUGCUCCCCGUUUUUUUCCCUUACCUCGCAUUCUUUUAAGCUUUCGAUUUAAGUAUGUCAUCAACCCUUGGUGACGUCGCCUUCUGAAACAAACAUUUUCGAGUUUCUCUUUAGCGUUCCAUUCAAUUUAUCAUGAAUUGAAGGAAAACCCGUGAAUUAAUAACUGCCAGAAUAUUUUCCGGAAGUGAGACAUUGAAUUUAUAUGUAACUCUGCGUUUCUAUUUUUAGAGAUUUUUCUCGGGGUCGUUGAUAAAAUGUAUUUUCUCUAAAGUCGAAUAAAUUUCGUCUAUUUUUAGAUA